AUGGGUCGUAACAAGGAACCUGAAGGGCCCAUAAGCAACCCAGUGGAGGCCAAGAAACAUAGGGAUGAAUCAGUGGGUCAUUUCCAGAACGGCAACUACGACAGAGCCCUCAACGCCCUUCAUAAGUUGUCCAUUGUGAGGACAAUGGACAACGCUACAGCCCAAGCACGGUCCAUCCUCGGACCGACCAAAGAUGCAGAAUUCCUGCAAAGUUUCGUCAGGGUCGGCGAUGGCGACGAAGAAGAUGAAACGCCCGUCCAAAAAGAGUCCAUCAGCAAAAGAGCUCCAACAUCUGCUGACAAAAAUGGGAACGGUGAUGAUGAAGAGAUCAAACAUUCGGGGAUGGAAAGGAAGACGUCAAUUAAGCCGAAGAAAAAGAAAGAACACAAACCAAAACGGGAGAGAAGGCGGCGUGAAGAGGAAGUAUAUACUGACAAAGAUCGUGCCGCUGCCGUGGUGAUGGGUUCUAAGGAUAUAAAGCUGUCGUUGAACAUGAAAGACAAGGCAGAGAGGAGCAGUGCUCUUUCUCUACCAGAGGAAGCCGAUGCUGGCACUCUGCUGGCGAUGUCGAGAGCAGAGAUGAUGAGGGAACGGUACCGUACUGCUGUCUCUUUCGUGGAUAAGGCUAUAGAAUUGGCUCCAGAGGAAAAGGCCGCAUACGUAGCUCGUAGCAAAUGCUACCUUUUGCUAGGAGAACCACGUUUAGCCCUAGCGGAUGCUGAAACAGCUUUGAAGCUCGAUCCAAAGCAUGCCAAGGCCUUGCUGCAGAAAGCCGAAGCGCUGUACUACUGCGGAGAGUUCGAGUUGAGCCUCGUCCACUUUCAUAGGGGGUUGAAGGCUAGACCCGAUUUGAGCCAUUUCAGACUUGGCGUACAAAAGGCACAGGAAGCUAUAGAAAACACGAUCGGCUCCGUAAAGCCAGAAACGAAAAAAGUUUCCAAGAAGCCUCCAACCAAGCGUUCCACAUCAAAACCCUCGCGGCCUCCCCUGGGCCCGCUGAUGUCCGACAAGAUAUACCUCGAAAACCUCCUCAAAAAUCCAGAUCUAGCUAUAGCCGAUAAAAAGAACGAUAUAGUGACCAAACAAGCAGAGGAAGCUAUCAGGUUUCUGGAGAAUAGAGAGGAAUUCUGGAGACAGCAGCAAACCACUAAAACUCAAUUUUAAACUGGAGUUGGGUUUUGGUGGCUUCUUACUGCCUGCAGAAUUGUUCUUAUAUUCGCAAUGGAGUCGUACGUGGGAGGAACAUUUGUUUUUACCUUAGCACUUAUUACAGUCUUCUUUGAAGGAUUUUUUUUUAACUGAACAUAAAUGAUUUUUUUUAUAAAGGUACCUACCUAUUAUGGAUUGGACCGACCGGUUAUUUAGUAUUGUAAGCUUUGAUUAAUAAAUGUGUUAUUAUGAAAACUUGACCAAAUAAUAGUCAUCCUAAGUUAUAUCUCAGUGACAGUUCUUCAUAUAGGUAACAUGGGUUAGAUAAAUAUGAAGUUUGAAAAUAAAAGUAGAGUUUAAAAGAAAUAACGUUUUAUUUGUUCCAUCGGCUUCAAACUCUCACAUCGCGGGCUCUCGCUUCAAAAUAAACAUAUCCUCUCUAACAACGCGAAUAGAUCUGCGUCUCACACGCCUUAUAUACAAAAUUUACAGUUAAAACUCUUUCAGUCUAUGGACUGGUUCAACUUUCACGUAAGUUCCUGAUGUAUAGGUGUCCAGAAAAGGUUUUUAUAACAAUUAGACUAUAGUUCCAG